AUGGGUGCCAAAUUAGCCGAACCAAAAAGCGAAUGUGACACGCAAUCGCUGACUGACAGUGUAACGGACUAUCCCGUGGAAAAUGGUAGACGGUAUCACAAGUACCAUGAAGGAGCCUAUCCAUACCCAAAUGAUGAGCAAGAGCUUGAUCGGCUUGACAUGCAACAUCACAUGUUUAAGUUGGUCAUGGGUGGCAAAUUAUACCAUGUCCCGCUUAAGGACCCUAAACAUAUUCUCGAUAUCGGCACUGGAUCUGGUAUCUGGCCGAUAGAAAUGGCGCCAUUAUUUCCAAAUGCUGCAAUCACAGGCACGGAUCUCUCCCCAGUUCAACCAACCGAGGUUCCAGAAAAUGUCCACUUCCUUGUUGACGAUGCGACUGAAGAGGAGUGGCUAUGGGAAGCGGAUCAUUUUGACUACAUUCACGUCGGACAUAUGACUGGCGCCAUGGAGUCUUUCAAGGGCCUACUACGGAAGGCAUUCACACACCUCAAACCGGGAUCAUACCUCGAAUGUCAUGAGAUGGAUCCCAAGCCAAAAUGCGACGAUGAUACCAUGCCACCUGAAAACCCGGACGGAUACAGCACAUAUGCUUUUCAUGACUGGUUUGACCUGAACAUGCGGGCUAGCCAGGAAGUUGAGCCCUUGCGGCAGUUUCGAAUAGCACCUCGGAUUGAACGGUGGAUGAAAGAGAUCGGCUUCAUCGACGUGGAACAGCAAGUCUUCAAAGUCCCGAUAAACAUGUGGCCAACCGAUGAGAAAAUGAAGGAUAUUGGGAAGUGGAGCGAAAGUAAUUGGCUAGAAGCGCUAGCUGGCUGGUCUUAUAAGCCCUUCCUCGGACUGGGUUGGUCUAAGAAUGAGAUCGAAGUGUUUCUCGUUGAUGUGAGGAAAAGCAUUCAAGACCGGAAUGUGCACGCUUACAUGGAUUUCUUCGUGAACCAGCAGCGGAGACUGCCAAAAGCCAUCUCCGUCUCAAGCACCUUCAAUCUAUCACAAUUCAUCGCGGUUCAAUUGGCUCGCGCAUGCCCCAAAUAG